AUGAGUUCAAAAGGGAAACGAUCAUCUAUAUUAAAGAAACAGAAUUGUUACCCACCCACCGACGAUCCUGUUUGUCCAGUCGAAACGUUCUCGAGUGCGCUCAAAAGCAGCAGAAAAAUUGAAUUUAAUCGUAAAAAGUCCGUUAAGGAAUUUUUGGUCGGUGAAGAUGUGGACACUAUAUGGGGCAACUCGUACGAAGUCUCCACGGAUGGUACGCCAUCGAAUGGGCUAGAAGAUGCUACCUUAGAACACAGUAGCUGUCCAAGUACGACGGAUGAACAGAAUAAAGAAAAUCGUGUUCAAAAUAAAUCGACAGCGUCCGUGGAUGAAUCGCUGCGUCGUAACUCAAACAACAGUACCAACAACAGCUGGGAUCUCUCGAUAACGAUUUCGGACGAAGAAAAGCGAGGUAUUCGAAACGAUACCUCGGCGGCUUUAUCCCAAAGUCUCAAUACUACCGAAAGGUUGAGGAAUCUCUCAGUUCCCUCUAAUUUUCUGCACUCGAGUCAAAAUGCCAUGCUGAAGAAGAGUAUCGUAUCAGGGGAGGAGAGCGAAGUUCUUCCUAUGGACGUAAGCCCUAUGAAAUUGAAUGUGCAACCAUCUCCUACAAAAUCGCCCCGGAAAAUGAUUUAUAAUUUUCCGAAACAGGCAAUGUUUGUUGAAAUUAAUGACAUCCCGGCAACACUUCGUAACGGACAGGUAGCCGAUCCCAAAUAUUUAGCUACUAUAUCCUCGACAGAUCCUGCCCAAAACGUUGUCGUGAAUAAUCAAAUUGAAGCUUCCUGGCUCGAUAGUGCGACCGUAAGGAGCAACCAAACUAAUAAUCUGCUUCGAAGAUCCAUCGAAGAUUCAACAGAAACAUUUAACUCCCAUCCGCAUUGGAAUACACAUCUGAACGUGACUGAUAAAGCAAAUGAAAGUUCAGAUGUGGACACUACAAUCGCUCUGACGGCCGCGAUGACAAAGGUUCUGGAAUCGCGAUCAAAUGCAUCCAUUUAUAAGGCGACGAACAUGGACCUAGACGAAUCGACCACGACGGUGCCAACUAACGCACUUGCCCGUGCUAGGCCUUCGUUUUUACCCUCCAACCACAGUGAGUUUAUUGAAUCGAAGAAUACUCUGCACACACCAUCUGUUGUUAUGCACGGUCGGGCAACAUCGCUAACUACUAACAAGCUGGAAGAAACCAAACCGAUCGACAUAUCAUCACCAUUAGAAGAACAUGUGCCACGUCGAAACAUGUCGUUUGAGAAUCUUUCUAUUCUGAACAAUAUGGAGCAAUCACCGUCCGAUGCAACUCGCAUGUCGGCAUCUGUACCAUUGAAACAAAUUAUCCAGUCUGAUGUUACUUCCGCGAGAGGGGAUAAACUGGCAAUUGAUUUUGGAUUCUCUUCGUUAAGCUUAAAGUUAGGCGAGAAUUCACCCGAAGUACCAUCCGCCACCAAGCCGAGAAUUUUGCGCCCCACAAUGCCAAUGGCAAUGUUUGAUGCGAUUCCGGAUAAUAAGGAAACAAUGAAAAGCCACGUGAACGAUGAAAUCAAUCGCAUACGUUCGACAAAACAUACUGCCAGAACUGCAUUAACGUAUGAAAAGUCUCUUGUGGAUGAAAUGCGUCUUCGUAAUACUAGGAACGAAAUCGCUUUAAAUGAUGAUGGUAGCAAAAAAUCCAUUGUUGCCAUGGAAACAUCUAAUCUCGAACGCAAACAGUCACUGAGCACUGCAACGCAUGUUACGAUGCAUGCGACAACGACUAUCGGCAUGGAACAGUCCAUGGGUCCACGUAAACAACAUCGUUCGACAGUUAUCGAUUCGGAAGAAGUGCAAAAUAAUCCUGAUCUGCAAAGAGUGCAGCGUGCAACGAUGGUGUGUAACGAACAGAUGGACCUAACACACGAUGAACAACCAGUAACAGCUGCUACAUCUGUCGCUUCGUCGUUGAGCGUGCGGGAAACAAUGCAGGACAAAAAAUCCCGUCAAAGUGUCUACAACCAUGAGCCAAUGCUAGAUGAAACGAUGGCACCGCAACAGAAUGCCACGGGUGCGAAAGGUAAAAAUCUACAGCAUAUCAAGCGAGAAACGGUGCUAGGUGUAAUCUCGAUGGACGAAAUGAAUAAUGACCAGGUACAAUCGCCUCAGACAGCAUUAAACAAUUUCCGGAAAACACACUAUCCAAGGGACAAGGUUCAUGAAAAUGCAGUACCAGUCGUUCCUGAUCGAAAGACGAUCAUUUGCAAUGAGAGUAUGAUGAUGGACGUGUGUGUUACACCGGAACAAAAAUCCGGUCUUUCUUGCAUAGUUUAUGCACAAAAUGCGGACAAACUGUCGGUGCACGCUGUUGGGGGAGGUGGCCAGAUUGACAUGAAUAUUGCUCGCCCUACCACUUUCCAGCUUGAACCAUGCGACGAAUCUACCCACAUGGAAGAUAAUAAUCAUCGUCCUACGAUGCCAAGGCGGCAAACCGUAAUGCAAACAAAAAAUAUGAUCCUCUCGGAGGAAGUAGCUAGUACAAGCGAAGUAAGCUCUAAGCAUCCUACAUCACGCUUGACUGAACACGUUAUUCAACUUAUGGAAGAAGAUGGAAGGCCUUUCGAACUGCCUGGUAAGCGAGUACGCCAAUCUAUUCAUCAUCCCCAGGAAAUGGAAACGACGCUGCCAGACACGGACAGCUCACGAGAAACGGAUCUCAAAGCACCAACAGAGUGUUAUGCGUUGAGAAAAUCGAAUCUACAAACUAUCGUUCAGCAGGUCCCGAUCGCUGAUUUAGAAGGAAUUGAACUUCUGGCGGAUGAUGAAGUGGUUCCAAAAGAACAGCAACAACCUACUGUUUGCAAGAGAGGCACCAUCGUCGAAGUAAGAAACAUGAUAAAAAGCGAUUCUAGCCCAGAGAGAAGAUCGAAUCAUCGACAAACGAUUUACGAUCCACAUGGCAUGAUGGAAGAAACUCUACCUAUGCGGAGUUGUGUAAAACUUGGACAAAAGAAAAGUGUCUCUGUAAAGCAACCAGGUAUCAGACGUCCCACAAGGUACUCGCAGCGAAUAAGCAAUGACUACAUGGAGGAAACGAUCAUUCCAGAGAACGUUAGAGUGGAGCAUAAUCCAAAAAUUAGGCUGUCUACGUUCUCCAGAGAUAGCGUUGCUUUGGAAUCGCCAAUUGUGUGUCAGGCAGAACAUCCUCCCUCAGUCACGAAACACCAACCUCAGCUGCGAAGAGCGAUCUACAGUACAGAAGAAACGGUGGACGCGCCAACGGCGGUGAAUAACGCCCAACAUCGCCCCGGUUCACCCGAUAAAAGCCGGCAGACGAUUCAACAAGCGGCUUGUAUGGACAUGACUCUUGGUUGCAAGGAAAUCGAUACUACGCCCUCUAAAGUGCAAGGAAGAAUCACCAAUCGUCGAACAAUCUAUAAUCCCAUUUUAAUCGAAGAAACACCACCAUAUCAUGGUUCCAAACAACCAGUUGAACAACAGUUUAGGCGACCGCGUCAGACCAUUUUGGUUCCACAGGACAUGGAUGUAGAUGAUGACAUGCCACUGCUGAAGGAAGAGGAACGUUCGUUCGCACUAUCGGUGCUACCCCGGGAAGCAACCGAAGAUUGUGUUCUACGCAGUGCUCCCGUAUUGUCCAUCCGCGGUAGAAAUGAGCCUUGCAACUUACUACAGGAACUGUCGAUCGACAGUCAUGCAGAGUUUGCGAAACCGUCUCAUCUGGAUGCCGAUGAAAUCCGCUCGAGAAUGGUUGAAAGGCAAACCGUCAAUGCAAACGAAGUUAGGCGCACGUUUCAAACCCAAGAGCUCAGUGACAUUUCGAUGCCUAACACGACGAUACAAGCCGAGCUACUACCUCACAUUGGUAGCAUUGUCGGAAUGGAGAGUAUGCAUGAAGUCACAGAAUUGUUGCCACCUGUACCAUUGCAUGAACAGAACAAUUCCGUUUCCGUUAUCUGUCGGGUUGAUGGCCAGCAAUACGAACCAUCUAAGACGUUGAACGCUACGACGGGUUUGCAACCGAUGGCUUUUGCAACCGGUGUCGCCGAAAUUCCCAGUGAAGACGAGUUUUUCGACGCAGAGGAAGAAGCGGAAUCGCAUCAGCCGGUCGAUCCCUUAUCGCUAACGAAGUCACGACAUCUUACAAUGAAGUUCGUCGAUGUGGAGCAGUUGGAGAGAACGAAAAACGGCACCUCCAUGCUGGUUCCAGCCACUACCACUAAGCGCCUGCAUCAGCAAGUCCUCUGCUCACCCGUCGUCAGUCGCCUGAUCGAAGAAGAUCCAUUACAAAUGACGACACGAGUGCAAUCAUCCGACCAGAUUCAACAUACUCCACAAGGACCGGCGAAAAAACGACCACGUACUUCGGCCGCUUGUACGACACCACCAGCUGUUGAACGUGCAGCAACUGGUGGUUGUUUACCGACCAGCAACAGGCAUCCGGCACCGGAAAUCGAAGAGGUGGUAAUUAAGGAAGAGCAGCAAACGCUUUCUGAAAACGUUCGCCUUUCACAGACGAUCAUUCACGACCCGUCAGUGUUUGCGAUAGAGGAUGAAGAUUUGCUCGACGAUGAGUCAAAUCUGCCGUGUAUCUCGAAUGAGGAAAUCUCAAGCCAGAAUGGCUGUUCGACGGUUGAACCGGCCACCAGUGAAGCCGAGACACGUGCGCCCCAGCAUGUGGUACAACGCCCUUCAACUAAUAAGCUAACAGAUCUGUCGUACUAUAGGGACUUUGCCAACUUGACCAUCGAUAAUCUCGACUCGUGGAAUGACGAAAAGGAUGAUAACGUGCCCGACGAUGGUGAUUUUGUUACGGAGUGUAUAUCUCUGAGCGAUGAAGACUCGCGAUCGGUCACGCCGCCGAAGGCUCCCCGUGCCAACAGUGGUGGGAAAAACUUAUGCGAGAUUCUUAAGCGCAUCGGAAUUCCCCCGGUAGACCCUGGCGAGGUACUCGAAUCGACCAUCGCUAGCGAAAUCAUGAACGAGAUCCGCCAGCAGCAUCCGAUCGUGCAACAUCCCUGUUGUGGCAUGCAGGAAGAAUGCCUUUGUCGACCGAGGAGGCAACUCAAAAGGGACCAGGAGUAUGGCGACCUUGUCUGGGACAAAUGGAGCAAACGUUUUGAGGCCCUUUUGAAGCGCAUCCCGGUCGUGGGGACGCAAUCGGAUCAGCAAAACGUGCGUCCGCAGAUGUCUCUGGAAGUACAUAUUGAAGAGCUCAACUGGCAAUUGAUGCGGGGCAAGCUGGAUGAAACGUUUCUGCUUAUGCACGACGAAUUUUCCAAACUAGACAUCUCUUCCACCACCCGGCGGAGUAGAUCUCCCAUCGAGGGUCAGUACCCGGAAACGCCCAGUGUUGUAUUUUUGGCGGAAAACAUGCGAAGCUGCCUUGUGGAGCAAACGUUUGUGGAUACCAGCCCACCAACAGGUGCACCGUUGCCGGAAAUUCCCCAGAUUUUGCACCUGAUUGGCAAUAAGCUUUUCUGUGAUUCCGGAACGCGAUGGUUGUUGGAUUACACCGAGGAGAGUGAUAAGCAUCAGCUGCUUCUGCGCCAUCGGACACUUCGCAGUGUCGUUGUGGCUGUGCAGUUACAGCCACCGCGAAGUAGGGACCACAUGACACGUCAAGUAUCGGCCCAUUGGCGACUGGAGCGUAUACAGGUUCGCGAAUGCCAGGAAGAGUACGUUCACUCCCCGAAGCUCCUGCUGGCGCACAUCGAGUUUAUGCGGCUGGCUAAAGAAACGACAGAGCGCACGCUUCGAUCGACAUACCGGACGGUGGCGGCACUGAUGGGACUCUGGCACCGUUUUGACGAGCUGUUGAGACGAGUGUUCGAUGCCGUCAACCGGUUGCUUACGAUAGUUCGCAACAAUGAAGCAUUGCUGUGUUACGACGCCCAAAUGGAGCGGUUUUGCGUGAAGAAAUACUUCCAUCGAUGCCUGGACGAGGCCACAUUGGAGCCCAACCUGUUGCAGGUGCAUUUCAACUGGAUUGGAAGCAUCGGAGCAAGUGGUGUGAGUUAUAAGCGCCCACUCACGGACUCCCACAAACUACUUCCGAUGAACGGCGGUUCCAGUCAGCACGCGAUGGGAGCAAACCCCACGAAGCACGCCGUGACUGACGAUAAGACGGGCCUGAUGUUCCUCGAGUGUCUCCUUUGGAACGUGGCUAAGCAAUACCACUCAUAA